AUGGAAUCGACCAGACUACAAUCAGCAGGGUACUCGGAUUUCGACGUAGCGCAGGCAGAUAUCGACCCGUCCACAAUGCUCGACAUACUCCCUGAUGAAAUAUUGAGGGAGAUCCUCUCCCACUGUUUCGCCAACUCCACAUCGCAAGAAUUCGGGCAGCGCGACGUGCCUUUCCUGCAACAGCGCACCGCGAUCAUGCUCACCUGCGGAAGGUUCUAUAGAAUCAUUGAAGACAAGAUCUUCUGCAAGUACGUGACCAUAUCGAGCCCGCAUAUGAUGGCCACCGCUAUACAGAAGAGCGGGGAGCUUCCGCUCUUCGUAGACGGGACCUUUAUCAGGUUCUCGGAAUUCAGCGGGCACGACAUGUUGAGGUUGGGGCAGCUGAUCAAUGCUGCAGCACGCAUACUAUCUCUCGACCUUACGACUUCGAGAGAGCUGCUGCGCCAAUGGACCCGUCCGAUGCCAAUGCUAGAAGAGCUGACUCUGAAAAGAACUCGUACCGGACACCACAACUUAGGGGCCCACCAGAAUGAGGAAUUCCUCCUUGUUCCUUUCCGGUCCUCGCAUCUCUGGAAGCUUCAUCUGAAGGGCUUCACCUGGCGGUCAAUCGAAUCACUUCUAACCAGCGCAGUCGAGGACUGCUCAGUGAAGGACGUACCCGGGAAAACUGCUACUCGAUCAUUCUUACGUGGAUUGGGACAAAUGCCCAACUUGCGGCGGCUAAAUGUGGCAACGGAUAUGAAGCGCGGCAACGUACAGGACCCUUAUCCGGUAACGCUUACUCACCUAGAGUCCCUAGCGGUACGGGUGAAGGAGGCGGAGGACGCGAAGUUCCUUGCCUGCAUCACUGCGCCGAGCUUGCGGCAGCUCUCUCUCAGCAUCCUGGCACCCGACGAUGACGUUCCUGCCAUCAUGGGUUAUGCUAUGUCGUCAAUCCAGCAAAUCGCUGCAAACCAAGAUCUUCAGAGCGCAUGGAUUGAUGCACCCGAAUCCAGACGGCUCUUUGUCUCGUUGGGGGAGGAAGAGUCACCACACACUGGGGUUCACCUGAUGUUCAAGAAUAUCAGGAAGCAGAAGAUAUUGCUAGAUCUAGUAAAGGAGCAACUCGGACCUUACUUGCACACUGUCGAGAAUCUAGAGCUGAGCGACGGGGACGGAUAUUUGCCAAGCGCCAAAAUCUCUCGCUACGAGCUCUUCGAGACCAUGGGUAGGGUCAGAUACCUUCGGGUGCAGGGUCGGGCCAGCGAAGCUAUCCCUUCCGGAUUGGCUUACCGCAAGGGUAACGAGAAAGAAUAUCGCACAGUCUUUCCACAGCUCGAGGACCUCAUCCUGGAGUCCGUCCGGUUCCGGCCGCAUAAGAAGAAGAGUAGGAAGGCAUUCCUAAAUGAUCUAAUAAGAUCGUUUCAGCAUCGCGACCAGGCGCGUAAACCAAAACACCUUACCGUUUGCGAGGGGACCGGGUUCAGGGAGACGGAUAUCCCGAAAUUGAAGAGAUUUGUAGAUAACGUGGAGUUGACAUGA